AUUCCGGAAGAGGGGAACUUGAAACAAGCAGCAACGAUGUAAACAACUUGAAAAGAACCGACAAAACAACAAAUUUAAUCUUUAACUCUUAACCUGGCAGGAAGAAUAAACUAAAAAUGGACAACUAUCAUGUUCUGGAAAUUAUUGGUGAAGGAUCUUUUGGUAAAGUCUAUAAAGGAAGAAAAAAGUUUUCAUCACAGGUGGUGGCCUUAAAAUUCAUUCCAAAAGUAGGAAAACCAGAAAAGGAGUUAAGAAACUUACGAAGAGAGAUCGAGAUCAUGAGAAACUUACAUCAUGAAAAUAUUAUUGAAAUGUUGGACAGUUUUGAAACUGACAAAGAGGUGGUUGUUGUGACAGAUUAUGCUGAAGGAGAAUUAUUCCAGAUUUUAGAAGAUGAUGGAAGUUUGCCUGAGGAACAGGUACAGGUGAUAGCCUGUCAGUUGGUAUCAGCUCUGUAUUAUCUCCACUCACACAGAAUACUCCACAGAGACAUGAAACCACAAAAUAUCCUACUUGGAAAGGGGGGAAUUAUCAAACUUUGUGAUUUUGGAUUUGCCAGAGCUAUGAGUUUUAAUACACUGGUUCUGACAUCCAUUAAGGGUACACCAUUGUAUAUGUCACCAGAACUUGUUGAAGAGAAACCUUAUGAUCAUACAGCUGACUUGUGGGCUUUAGGUUGUAUCCUGUAUGAGCUGUUUACUGGUACCCCACCAUUCUACACCAACAGUAUAUUCCAGCUGGUUAGUCUGAUAAUAAAGGAUCCAGUCAAGUGGCCUAAGAACAUGUCAUCAGUAUUUAAGGACUUUUUACAAGGUCUACUGACAAAGAAUCCCAGGUCAAGAUUGGCCUGGCCAGAUUUACUGAUGCAUUCAUUUGUUGGGGAUGGUGUUUCAGUGAAAGACGAAGACACCAAGUUACUAAGUCCCUUUACACAGCCUCUCACAGCUUCUAUGGUUAUGAGAAAGGAAAAGCAGGCACAAGAGAAAGCACAUCCACCAGGAACUUCUAAAAUACUGGCUAAGGCUCGAAAGAAGGCUAUGGAGGAAGAGAAAAAGUCAGAGACAGAAGGACAACCAUAUAAAGGUAAAGAGCCACCAGCACCAAAUGGAGAAAAAAUAUCAUCUAGUAAAGAGGCAUGGGGUCCAAGUAAAAAAGGACCAGAGAAGGAAAAAAUAGAAAAAGAAAAGGAACCCACACCACCCCCUCAGGAACUAGAAAGACCUCACUCAGAGGAAUGGCAGGAUACUGGUCUUAGUGAGGAUAAAGAACCAGAAAUUGAGUUGAAGAAGAAUGAUUCCUAUCGUAAUAUAAGUCCAACACCGAGACCAGAUAGAAUAAGUAAAGACUAUGAGAAAGAAUAUCCCAGUAUAGAGAUUGAAGGACGUACAACAGUACGGAGGAUUCCUGAGAGAGAGAAAGAUAAGAAUAAAGAAAAAACUAAAACUAUUGAAAAUGUUAAACUGGAUGGAGAGGAGGUUUGUAGCGAUGAUGAAUGGGAAGGACUAAUUGAUGCUACUGAUCAGGAAGGGGAUCCUGAGCAGGCUAUACAGAUGCUUAAAGACAGUAAAUUUCACACUCGACUGAACACAAGGAUACAGAAUAGUUCUACACAAGUAUUAGAUGGCAUGCUGGAGGGAGCUGCUAAAUUGAAAUCUGUUCUUAGAAUUAUAACUAAUUUAAUUACACUGAAAUGUGAUUUGAAGUGGAUCCUGACAUUUGUGAAGGCUUUAUCAAUUCCUCAGCAGCCACUUAAAAUGAUACAUAAUAUCCUGAACAAACCUACAGUCAGACAGCAACCCUGGUGCCAACAGAUACUUAUAGACUUAGUGAUAACGGUUAAUGCCUACUUUGCUAGUGAGGUCAGCUGGAACGAGGAUAUCGAUAAAGAAGUAGGACAAAUGUACUUAAACGCCAUGACAGAAUACAUGUCUUUAGUGCCAAAGUUACUGAAUGUGUCAUCAGAUGAAGAUCUACGACUCAGAGAACAAGUUAUUUUGUGUUCCAUGUAUACAUGUGAGGCAAUGGAAAGAGACAAAUUAAAGAUUGGGAACCAGUACUUUAGUCAUUUGGCUGCAAAAGAAACUGAUGCUAUUGAUGCCAUACUUGCUUGUUGUAAAUUGGAAGAAGCUCGCUUAAAAAAGUUAAUAGAAUGGGACAUACUGGAAGAACUUACAGAUGGAAAUGAAGACAUAGCAGGGGAAAGAAUGGACAUGCUAAUCUCCCUUGGUGUAACUACUGUGGCCGCCAUGGUUAAUUUGCCUCUUACUGCGGAUGAUGCUGUUGAUGGUCGUAGAAAGAUUGGACAUUAUUUAGGAGACAAGAUGGCUUGUAAAGGGAAUGAGAAACAGACAGAUGAAUUCUUUAUGUUACUGAGACAUCCCCUCUUCUGUACAAAUGUCCUCAAAAUAAUGUAUGCCUGUUGCCAAGUGUCUACCACAUUGUGUUCAUAUAUUUCUAAUCAAGUACAGCAUAUGGAUUCUCUGAUGGGGAUCCUUAUGGGAAAGGUUGAGAUCCAAGACAUGGAAGUCAAUUCUGUAAUAGAGAUGAUCCUUCACAUAUACAGUACUAUAGUUAUACAGUUACAGACCAUGCCAACUGCAAUAACAGAUGCAGCUAGUGUGAUGAUCUCUAUCUUUCUGGAGUCUACAAUAGCUAGUCAUACAGCCGCUGCAGCUUUGGUAUUUAGUCAGAUGAUAUACUGUGGACUGACUGUAGAGGUCCAACCUGAGGAGAUGUUACAGGCAUGUCUGGCUGUGUUUACUGAUCUGCAACAGAUAUGUGUCAGGUGUCCAUUUGAUUAUGGAGUAUUAGAUGGACUACUAUUGUUACUGUGUGAAAUGUUGGCACAGACUGAAGGUCCUGUAGCUCAGAUGUACAUAGAGACUGGUAUUUGGGGUACAUUAUGGCACCGUGUGGCCCAGGCCUUACAGGUCAUCAAUCUAGAGACAGACACCCCAAUACAUGAUAUAGAUCAAGAUGGGGAGAAUGUAGUGGGAUUUAAUCCUCCAGAUUGGACACUUGUCUCACCACAAGGUCUGAUGGCUGUUCUUCAGAUGGCUGUUACUGUAUUUACUAAGGAAACUAAUCAAUGUAUACCUAACCUUGCUGUCCCUGAUAGUAUCAUACUGUUAACAAUAGUUCAUCUGUUACAUAAAGACUUCUUGUCAUCUGUCUAUAAUGGGUUUCACUGUGACGGUCCCCAGUUGACAGCUGACAUGAUACUAGAGGUCACACAGUUAUGUUGUUUUCCAUUUGCUGUAGAUAUUGCAGAGGAGCUGCUUCAUCAAGUCCAACAGUGUUUAUUUAAUGCCAGUCUCCUCCCAAGACUUAUAUUUUGCUGUACAAAGUAUCUGAAGAAUGAGCAACUAGAAAUCCCUAUCAAUCUGAUGUUACGACUGGUUCUCGGCAGUCAGCAAUUCCUCAAACAGUUUUGUAAAUGUGUCAAAGAGCAGAAGACUGUAUCGCUGUUGUCCCAGUGUACACAGUCAACAUCCUCAACUGUUGUCAGUGAUGUAGUGUCUAUCUGUAGCCAUCUUGUCAGAAUGUCUCCCCAGCAUGCACCAUUUGUCAAGUCUGUGUUUCAUGGCAGCAAAGGAGAUUAUGAUCCACUGUUAAAGUUGAUCAAACAUAACUCAGCAACAGUCAGAUCAAGAGCCUGCAGUCUGGUGGGGAAUCUUAUGAAACACAAUAGUCAUAUGUAUGGUGUACUGAAACAAAGGGAAAAGUUAUUGAAUGGUUUAAUAGCUGGUUUAAAGGAUGAAGAUCCAAAUGUUAGGAAGGGUUCAAGCUAUGCCAUAGGUAAUGCAGCCUAUCACAAUGGAGACCUUUAUGUAAAGCUAAAACCUUGUAUACCAUUGUUAGUGGAACUUCUGAGGGAUCCUGUGUCUAAAACUAAAGCAAAUGCUGCAAGUGCUUGUGGUAAUUUAGGUGCACACUCAAAUGUCUUAUGUUUAGAACUAAAGAAACAAAAAAUUAUUCCAAGGUUAUUAGAUCUUGCAUGUCAUGAUCAGAAUCAGGGUGUACAAGUUAAUGCCAUACUCGCUUUACGUACCUUGUCUCAACAAGAUGAACUUAAAAAGGAAAUGAUGAAUCAGAAGGCUGUAGAUAAACUAAACGCCAUAUCAGUUGCCACAACACCAAGACCAUUGUCACGGUCUUCUAAGACACAAAGUUUGUUGAUAAACAGUUUCCAUAGCAACAAUGGAUCAAGUAGUGUUGUGUAUUCACACUGUAGCAAACUUGUCAGAAUGUUACAAGGGAAAGGAUGAUUUAUUCAGAAAAAUAGGAUAAUAUUGCACAUAAUAAAUAAUGAGUCACAUGAUGUAAUAUCAUGUGACUGACAUGUGAUGACCUUGGAGUAAACGAAACGAAAAGUGUCACAUAUAAAGAUGCAAGACCAAAGGAAGCUAGAAGAUCUAUGCAUACAUUUAAAUGUCCAUCCAAUCAUUUUUGUAUUGUCAGUAUAUGAGAAACCGUCCAGUAUAUUAUUUUCUUUUUAUUGUUCAUACAAGACAUAUAUAUAUGUGUUAAUGAGAUACCGUCCAAUCUAUGUUUUUACUAUCACAGUACAUAUCACAAUAUUGUAUAUUAUGUCAAAAAAACAUGUUUACAAAAUGGUAAAAGGGAUAUUUUUGGAUGUUCGGAUUUCUAUAUCAUUUAACAGUUCUUUUUCUACUGUAAUAGAUUUAGGUUGUUUUUGUUAUGUUAUUGUUAUGAAUAUUCAUCUUUUAAAAGGUUUUUUUUCAUAACCAAUUUUUAUAAACACUUUUACUCAAUACAUUGUAUAACUAUUAGAAACGAAUUAUAUGAGAAAUCAUCAAUGGAAAAAGCUCUCAAAAAUUUAUCAAGACAAAGAAACAAUUAAUUGUUGAUAAAAAGGUAUAUAUGCAACUGGAACUUCUUGUUGGUACUUAAGUUAAUAUAAAUCUAGAUUAUAAUGCAAUUGGUUUGUAAUGACUAUUUUGAUUGGACAACAUCAUAUCUUUUGCUGUUGUAAAUUCCAUGGUUAACCAUCUGUAACAAUGAGAAGCAGCCAUUUUGAAUUUAGGAAUUUAUUGGUAUGCUAUUUCUUCACUGAUAAACAUAAUAAUCAAAACAAUAAUUUCCCACCUUAAAAUCACCUUCAUUCGGAUGUGUACUUCAAUUCCAAAACCUUCCAGCGUUUCCAAUUGGCACCAGAAUUAUACCUAUCAAGUCGGACUGUAAAUGGUCAUAGACAAGAACAAAGUUUCGUGAAAUUUUCUAUCUAUCUAAUUUUUACAACAAAAUAAUGACAAAUGGAAUGUCUUAAUUGCAUUAGAAUUGAGAUGAUUCUUAUGUAUUUUAAGCUUGGUCAAGGUAAAAAAAAUACCUGUUUACCUAGCUCUGUGGUGCCUCAUUUAUAGGUAAACUCUAUUUCCUACAGUAAAACCUACAUUUUACUUAGGCCCAAUUUAAAAUACUAUACAGUUAUCUCUUAAUAAAUUAACAAUCAAUUAACAUACUAGUCUUACAUGUGAAUUACAUAAAUAGUUUUCCUGAUUCAUGUUCUAUUCAUCUUCAUAAACUGAGUAAAUUAUGUCAAGAUAAUAAAGUGCUUAGUUUAAAAUUGAUAUUCAUUUAUUGAAGUAAGGUUUAUUGUUUUUAAUUGUUCUAUCGCAAUAAAAUUAAGCCCUGUUCUAGAAGAGAUAAUUUUAUGGAGAAUUGAACGUCAUUAGAAUAUGGGGGGAAAAGGAGAUUUGGUAUGAUGGCCAGUGAAACAAAUAUCAACCCAAGACCUAAGUAAGAGAAUGUAAACAGCUAUAGUCCUCUAACAAUGAGCAAAACUCAUACUGUAUAGGAAACUAUAAAAAAAAACUUUGGCAUGACAAAAUGGACUUACUUCAAAUAUUUUAUUGUUUACUGUCAGUUUAUAUCAGUAAAGCACCACCCUUCUUAGUUUUAACGAAGUGAAAAAUUCAUGGCCUUAUUUUUUGAGAAUUACAAGGAUAAUAAUGCCUUACAGGAAAUAAUUUACUAAUUUACAGCUAACAAUGCACUUUCAUUGAAAAGAAAUCUCUGAUUUAUUGGUAACAUCUAUUUGACUUGCCCCAAAUAAUUAAUUUGAACAAAUGUUUUUUUUUACCUUUGCAGUAAACAAAAAUCUGAACCGACUUUGAAUAAUAGUAUUGCUUCUUAUCAUACUCCCCUCUUCCUAUACAAUCAUGCUAAGUUGCUCCAUAAUUCCAGGGCUUUGUGACGAUAAUUGAGAAGUUAUCAGAGGUGUCAGGAUAUGUUUAUCAGCAACGUCAAAAUGUGAGACCAGAACUUAUGCUUAUUUCUGACAGGACAACCAAGCAUAAAAAAGUCAAAAAAAUUACUGUAAAUUCAGAAAUUAUUGCGAGGUUUUUAUAAAUGCGAAUUAUGCGACUGAGUGAGUAUCGCAAUACUGUAAAUUCAGAAAUUAUUGCGAUGUUUUUAUUAUUGCGAAAAAUGCGACAGGGUUAUAAUCGCAAUAAUUUAAACACGCAUUUUGAAAGUUUUUAUGUGAAUUAAACAGGACUUUUCUCAAUAUCGCAAAAAUUAAAACCGCAUUUUAGUCUAAAAUGACAAAAUCGCAAUAAUAAAUGCACGCAAUAAUUUCUGAAUUUACAGUAAUAAGAACU